GCUUUUCGAAAUCUCAUUGGUCAUUCAUGAAAGCGUUCUUAAAUCUGGUUGGCUGUUUGACGGAGCGGGCUGGACAAGUUUCAGGAAAUAAAUAAAUCACAUCCUCCCGUACAAGAGUUGAAAACUGUGAUAGAUGGACGCAUAAACAAGACUUUCGUGAACAUGGCAGCACCAAGGAGGAGCACCUUACCCAGACCGCUGCCAGAGGGCUUCAUCCUGACAGACCAGAAGAAGAAGUGGAGGCUGGGCAAACAGAUCGGGCAGGGAGGCUUUGGACUGAUUUAUCUGGCUUCCCGAAACAUAGACCAACCCACGCCAGAGGAUGCAGAUUAUGUCAUAAAAGUGGAGUACAAGGAGAACGGCCCCCUGUUCUCCGAGCUCAAGUUCUACCAGAGGGCAGCCAAACCUGAGACCAUGGAAAAAUGGAAAGAGGAAAAGAAGCUGGACUUUUUGGGAAUCCCCACAUAUUGGGGAUCAGGACUUGCUGAACACUCUGGCCUCAGCUAUCGCUUCAUGGUCAUGGACCGUUUGGGUACUGACCUGCAGAAAAUCUGUGAGGCCAACGGAGGAUGCCUGAAGAAGACUACUGUUCUCCAACUGGGUCAAAGACUGGUGGAUGUGCUGGAAUACAUUCAUGAAAACGAGUAUGUUCAUGCCGACAUAAAAGCUGCUAACGUCAUGCUGAGUUACAAAGACUCUGAGGAGGUCUACUUGGUAGACUAUGGGCUGGCCUACAGAUAUUGUCCGUUUGGAACUCACAAAGAAUACAUAGAAAACCCCAAAAAGGGCCACAAUGGAACCAUUGAGUACACCAGCCUCGAUGCCCACAAAGGCCUUGGGCCAUCAAGACGUGGAGAUCUUCAGAUUUUGGGGUUCUGCCUUCUACACUGGUUAUGCGGGUCCCUGCCGUGGGACAAUGUUCUCAAGAAACCAGCUCAGGUCCAGGAGGCAAAGACCAGACUGAUGGACAACCUUCCGGACUCCGUCAAGCGGCUGUCAGGGAGGGGGGGCAGCACAGACGAAGUGGCGGCAUUCCUGCUCAACGUGAGGACUCUGGACUACCAAGAUAAGCCUGAUUACCAGCAUCUCAAAAAGUUGUUGGCCAGUCCUGUCGAAGGACAGCUUGACUUCUCGAUGCCGGAAGGACCCGCAAAGUCAGCUGUCAAAACCCCCAACCCCAGGGAGAAGCAGAAAGCAGCCAGAGGACCUUCCAGAGCCAAACCUGCACCUACAGAGGGGGGCAACGAAGGACCAGAGAGGACCAAGUCCAAACCAGUGCCAGCCCGCUUCAUCAGAGGACCGCCUCCCACCAAAUCCCAACCGACAGAAGAAGUUUCUCCUCCUGUCAGGAGAACUCUGAGGCCCAGACAUCCACGCACUUAUGAAGAAGACAGUGAGGAAGAGGAAGAGAGACCCAAAACCAGUCAUUUGUGCCAUGUCAGGGGUCCUCCAAGAACUAGAACCCAGCGGAGCAGCAGGAAAACAAAUGAUCUGGCUGUGAUGUCAGGGAAACAAGGAGAUCAACUCCAGCAUCAAAGCGGAAAACACACGAGGACACAGAGUGACAGGAAAACGCACGCGGAUUACAGAGAAGGCUGGGAUGAAAGGCCGCUCCAUCACAGAGGACGCUGCAGAGAUCAGGAGCGGUGGGACUGUGGGCCGUGGAGGCGCUCUGUUCACACAGAACCCAGACAAGACGCUGCUCCCACGCACACAGACGCUCACAGGUCCUGGCUCUACUGGGUGGGCUUCUUCCUCUUUUUGGGGACUGUGUUGCAGUUUGUUGAGGCACAAUAAAUCUCCAA